AUGAAUGUUGAAGAGGAUGUUGAGAUGAAUAUUGAGAAGGAUGUUGAAGUGAAUGUUGAGAAGAAUGUUGAGGUGAAUGUUGAGGAGAAUGCUGAGAUAAAUGUUAAGAUGAAUGUUGUUAUAAAUGCUAAGAAGAAUGUUGAGGUGAAUGUUGUUAUAAAUGCUGAGGAGGAUGUUGAGGUGAAUGUUGAGAAGGAAGCUGAGGAAGAGAUUGUGCAAGAUUUAGAAGAGGAUAGUGAGCUUAAUAUGGAGAAGGAUAAUGAGAAUGGAAACAAUGAAGAUAAAAAAACAUACAAACACUUACUUACUGUAACUCCUAUAUGCAAAAUAAAGGAAAAAAAGACAAGAAUGGUAAAAGAGUUACCAAAAACAACUUAUUAUUAUAAGUUUGGUGCCUCUGGCAUUCUUAUCAAUGUGGCUAAAGAAACUCAUAAGAUUACAAGUUUUUUUAAAGCUGCAAAUGCAUCUUCAAUAAAUGAAGUAUUACCUAUCAUGGCAUAUGAAGGAAUUAACCAAUUUCAUGAAUAUUUGGUAAAAAAUAAAUGUUUAAUUACAGCCUCUGAAUAUAAUGAAUAUCGAGCAGUUUAUGAGUACCUUGUAUUGCUAGAGAGCAGAUAUAGAAAAAAGAAGCAAUAUUAUUUGUAUCAUGGUUUAUUUCCACUUUCACAACAUAGUAAACAUCAAAAACACAAGCGACUUGUUGAUAAUGAAGACAUUGCAAUGCAAUGUAUGUACCUUGAUGAAUAUGAGCAGAAUGAUGUAGUAGUUUAUCGAAAAAAAUUUUUAGAAAAAAUGACAAUUUUAGAACAGCAAAUGGUGAGAAAACAAGAGAUUUGGGUACUAGAUAGGAAUAUGUCAUUGCAAAAAAAAGAAAAUGGAAGAUUAAUUAUGGUGAGUGAGUUUCUUUUAGAAGAAUGUAGUCAGUUGAAAUUAAGUGAAAGAGUCAAUAAUUUGCUAGAACAAAUUAGGGAUAAAGCAAUCUCUAUUUUUGAAGCAAAGUUUCCUAAUGCAAUGGCCAUCUUUGCCUUUGACAAUAGUACAAACCAUGGAGCAUAUGCAGAAGACACUCUUAUUGCUGCAAGAAUGAAUCUAAAACCUAAAAGAAACCAACCAAAAAUGUGA